AUGUCUACUGACAAGAUCACCUUCCUCCUUAACUGGCAUGCCACCCCCUACCAUGCCCCGGUCUUCCUUGCCCAGAAGUUGGGGUACUUCAAGGAAGAGGGCGUCUCAGUUGCUCUCCUUGAGCCCAACGACCCAUCAGAUGUCACCGAGAUCAUCGGUAGCAACAAGGUCGACAUGGGUUUCAAGGCCAUGAUCCACACCCUUGCCGGAAAGGCCCGUGGAUUCCCCAUCAUGUCCAUUGGAUCCCUCCUUGACGAGCCCUUCACUGGUGUUGUCUACCUCAAGUCCAGUGGCAUCACCACCGACUUCAAGUCCCUCUAUGGAAAGCGUAUUGGAUACGUCGGAGAGUUUGGGAAGAUCCAAAUCGAUGAGCUCACCAAGCACUACGGAAUGACCCCUAACGACUACACCGCCAUCCGCUGCGGAAUGAACGUCUCCAAGGCCAUCAUCAACGGUGACAUUGAUGCCGGUAUUGGUCUUGAGAACGUCCAGAUGGUCGAGCUUGAGGAGUGGCUCUCUUCCCAGGGACGCCCCACCGAUGAUGUCCAGAUGCUCCGUAUCGAUGAGCUCGCCGAGCUUGGAUGCUGCUGCUUCUGCUCCAUCCUCUACAUUGCCAACGAGCAGUUCAUUGCCGCCAACCCCGAGAAGGUCAAGGCCUUCAUGAGGGCUUGCAAGAAGGCCACCGACUUUGUCCUCGCCGAACCCGAGAAGGCCUACGCCGAGUACGUCGACAUGAAGCCCAUCAUGGGCACCGCUCUCAACCGCAAGAUCUUCGAGCGUUCAUUCGCCUACUUCUCCCAGGACCUCCAGAACGUCAAGCGUGACUGGACCAAGGUCACCAACUACGGAAAGCGUCUCGAGGUUCUCCCCGCUGACUACCAGCCCAACUACACCAACGAGUUCCUCAGCUGGCCCCUGCAGGGCGAGUCUGCCGACCCUCUCGGUGACCAAAAGAAGAUGGCUGCCCACCAGGCUGCUAUUGCCCAGAAUGGUGGAUGCAGGAGGUGCGGUGAUGCCGUUGCCCCUGCCAGCUUGGUCUCCGCCUAG